AUGAUGGAAAAAGGUGAGAAUGCUUCCCGGAUCCACCAGAUGGAGCUGGAAAAUUCACUCAAAAAAUACCUGAACAGCACCGAGGACUACCUGGCCUUCCUCUGUGGGCCUCGGCGCAGCCACCUCUUCCUCCCCGUGACUGUAGUGUAUACGCUGAUUUUUGUGGUCGGGGUCAUUGGCAAUCUCCUGGUGUGUCUGGUGAUUCUGCGGCACCAGUCUAUGAAGACACCCACCAACUACUACCUCUUCAGCUUGGCUGUCUCAGAUCUCCUGGUCCUGCUCCUUGGAAUGCCCCUGGAAGUCUAUGAGAUGUGGCACAACUAUCCCUUCCUGUUUGGGCCAGUGGGCUGCUACUUCAAGACGGCCCUCUUUGAGACCGUGUGCUUCACUUCUAUUCUCAGCGUCACCACAGUCAGCGUGGAGCGCUACGUGGCCAUCCUCCACCCAUUCCGCGCCAAGUUAGAGAGCACCCGGCGGCGGGCGCUCAGGAUCCUCGGUGUGGUCUGGGGCUUCUCCCUCCUCUUCUCUCUGCCCAACACCAGCAUCCACGGCAUCAAGCUCCAAUACUUUCCCAACGGGUCCUUGGUCCCGGGCUCUGCCACCUGUACGGUCAUCAAGCCCUUGUGGAUCUACAACUUUAUCAUCCAAGUCACCUCCUUCCUCUUCUACAUACUCCCGAUGACUGUCAUCAGCGUCCUCUACUACCUCAUGGGGCUCAGACUGAAAAAAGACCAAUCCCUUGAGGUAGAUGAAAUGACUGCAAAUAUCCAGAGACCCUCCAGAAAGUCAGUCACCAAGAUGCUGUUUGUCUUGGUCUUAGUGUUCGCUAUCUGUUGGACCCCAUUCCACAUUGAUCGGCUCUUCUUCAGCUUUGUGGAGGAGUGGACUGAAUCUCUGGCCGCUGUGUUCAAUCUCAUCCAUGUGGUGUCAGGUGUCUUCUUCUACCUGAGCUCAGCCGUCAACCCCGUUAUCUAUAACCUGCUGUCUCACCGCUUCCGGGCAGCCUUCCGGAAUGUGAUCUCUCCUUCAUGCAAACACUGCCACUCCCAGGAUCCCCCACAUGGCCCAACUGCCCAGCGGAACACUUUGCUGACAGAAUGCCACCUUAUGGAGCUGACUGAAGAUUUGGCUUCCCAGUGGCCUUGUCAAUCGUCCUUCAGAAGCUCCCACCUUUCCACAGCCCUCUGA